AUGCCCAUCUCCCUCGUCGCCUUCGACCUUGACGGCACCCUCGCCGAGAGCAAGCAGCCCUUGCUUGACUCCAUGGGUGAGGCCCUUGCCGAGCUCCUCUCCGUCGCCCACGUCGCCGUCAUCUCUGGUGGUGACUGGCCCCAGUUCGAGAAGCAGGUUGCCAGCCGCCUGCCUCCCCACGCCGAUCUGUCCAAGCUCUGGCUGAUGCCCACGACCGGCACCAAGCUCUACACCCACAGGGAUGGCAAGUGGCAAGUCGUCUACGCCGAGCUGUUUAGCGAGGAGGAGCGAAAGAACAUUAUCAAGGCAUUCGACGAUGCCCUCCUGGCCACUGGCUUCAAGCCCGAGCAGACCUGGGGCGAGCGCAUCGAGGACCGUGGUAGCCAGAUCACCUUCUCGGCUCUGGGCCAGCAGGCACCUCCCAAGGAGAAGCACGUCUGGGACCCCGACUUUGCCAAGCGCAAGGUUAUCCAAGCCGACCUCAAGAAGCGCCUCCCCGACCUCUCCAUCAACAUGGGCGGUGCCACCUCGAUCGACAUUACACAAAAGGGUGUAGACAAGGGCUACGGCCUCAAGAAGCUCCGCGACGCCAGCGGCAUCCCCCUGGAGCAGAUGAUGUUCAUUGGUGAUGCCAUCUUCCCUGGUGGUAACGACUACCCCGCCAAGGAGCUCGGUCUCGAGACUGUCCGCGUCAAGGACCCCGAUGGCACUCUCGCCGCCAUUGCCGGCAUCUGCUCUUGCCUCCGAUAA